GAAGCAGCUUCUUAAUCUUGGAUUCGGAACUUGCGAUCUCGAAUAUUUGUUGUAGUAGGGAAGAUUUCAAAAGUGGGGAAGUCUCUCCGAGUACACGGUUGCCGGUGAAAGGGUGGGGUGUAUGCAGAAAUCCUCCUAAGAUGAAUGCAAACCAAGGCACUGUGGGCAGCGAUCCAGUUAUCCUAGCGACCGCUGGGUAUGAUCACACCGUUCGCUUCUGGCAGGCCCACAGUGGGGUUUGCACCAGGACUGUCCAACAUCAAGAUUCUCAAGUGAAUUCACUGGAGAUCACUCCAGAUCGCAGUAUGAUAGCAGCAGCAGGCUACCAGCACAUUCGAAUGUAUGAUCUGAACUCAAAUAACCCCAACCCUGUUAUCAAUUAUGAUGGCGUCAGCAAGAACAUCACUUCGGUGGGGUUUCAUGAGGAUGGCCGCUGGAUGUACACAGGGGGGGAGGACUGCAUGGCCAGGAUUUGGGACUUAAGGUCACGGAACCUGCAGUGCCAACGGAUCUUUCAAGUCAAUGCACCUAUUAACUGUGUCUGCUUGCAUCCAAAUCAGGCAGAACUUAUUGUUGGUGACCAGAGUGGAGUUAUUCAUAUCUGGGAUCUUAAAACUGAUCACAACGAACAGCUGAUUCCAGAGCCAGAGGUUUCAGUUAACUCUGUUCAUAUCGAUCCUGAUGCCAGCUACAUGGCAGCUGUCAACAGCUCAGGAAACUGUUACGUGUGGAAUUUGGCUGGAGGCAUCGGAGAAGAGGUGACACAGCUGAUUCCCAAGACAAAAAUACCAGCCCACAAACGAUACGCCCUCAGAUGUAAAUUUAGCCCAGAUUCUACACUCUUAGCUACUUGUUCUGCUGACCAGACCUGCAAGAUAUGGAGAACCUCCAACUUCUCUCUGAUGACAGAGCUGAGCAUCAAGAGCAAUAACCCAGGGGAGACAUCUCGUGGCUGGAUGUGGGACUGCGCCUUCUCUGGGGAUUCACAGUACAUUGUCACGGCCUCGUCAGAUAACCUGGCCAGACUGUGGUGUGUGGAGACGGGCGAGAUCAAGAGAGAGUACAGCGGUCACCAGAAAGCUGUUGUGUGCCUGGCCUUUAACGACAGUGUCCUGGGGUGAGGAGACGGCUUCUUCACUGCUGGAUUUCAUCUGAGAAGGCUGACCUGUUUCUUUGUAUAUAUGCACACUUCCUCAGCUGUGAAAUAUGGACCACUUUCUUAGCACAUUGACUAGCAGGAAUUGUGUUUGCUGUGGAUCCCUGAUGUGUUUCUGCUGAGUAAAUUUAAGAAUUGAUUUUAUUUGUAAUUUUACUGAGACUGCAGAGACAUCGGGUGUUAAGGUCUGAUGUAUCCUGAUAAGCCCUGUUCUGCUACUUUAUUGAUCUGGUCUGAUGCAUUAUACGUCACAUGGUGGAAGAUUCUGUGUUGACGUACUCCAAACGGGACCUACGCUCAUAAAACAACCUUUAAGACAGA